AGAAAGGGGGGCAGUAGGCUUUCUAUAGAAAGACCCUCUCCUCUCAUUUGUUUACACGCCUUUCUCUCAAUUAAUUGCAGAUUGCUUUUCUCCCAAUAUAUAUCUUCUUCUUUUUUUCUGCUUUUAUCUCGUCCUUCUGCUAAAUUUUGGUUAAUUGUAUUUAUAACACUUUUCUCUAUUUUUCUUUUUUAUUUCAAAAUUUAAAAACAGUUCCCUCGAGCUUUUCUCCCUCGAUACUUCAUCACUUUGACUAAGAGAGCCAAAGAUUAGGGCGGAGCAGGAGGACGAAGUCGAACAUGGAGAUGCAAUCAGCUGAGAGCAAGACUACUACACGACGAGUGGGCUUACUCUACGAUGAGAGAAUGUGUAAGCAUCACACGCCUGAUGGUGAUCAUCACCCUGAGAAUCCCAAUCGCAUUAAAGCAAUUUGGUACAAGCUUCAAAAAGCUGGCAUUCCUCAAAGAUGUGUGCUUUUAAAUGCCAAAGAAGCUGAGGACAAAUAUAUAUUGUCUGUGCACUCCAAAAAUCAUGUAAACCUGAUUCGGAAUGUAAGCUCUAAGCAGUUUGAUUCACGAAGAAAUAGGAUUGCAUCAAAUUUCAAUUCAAUUUACUUGAAUGAAGGUUCAUCUGAGGCAGCUUACCUUGCUACUGGUUCUGUUAUUGAGUUGGUAGACAGAGUUGCCAAAGGAGAAUUGAAUUCUGCUUUUGCUGUUGUGAGGCCUCCUGGCCAUCAUGCUGAACAAGAUAAAGCAAUGGGAUUCUGUCUAUAUAACAAUGUGGCUAUUGCAGCAAGUUUUCUGUUAAAUGAAAGAGUGAGGGCCAGCGGUGUCCUUACUUCCCAUUUACUGAUAUGUAUAUUGCAGCCAGAACUGGGAAUAAACAAAAUUUUGAUUGUUGAUUGGGAUGUCCACCAUGGUAAUGGUACUCAAAAGAUGUUCUGGAAAGAUCCUCGUGUCCUGUUCUUCUCUGUUCAUAGGCAUGAGUUUGGGAGUUUUUAUCCUGCUAAUGAUGAUGGUUUUUAUACUAUGAUUGGUGAAGGACCUGGUGCAGGAUACAAUAUUAAUGUUCCUUGGGAGAAUGGGAAGUGUGGUGAUGCUGACUAUCUUGCAGUUUGGGACCAUAUUUUGGUUCCUGUUGCCAAGGAAUUUGCUCCUGACAUAAUUUUAGUAUCUGCUGGAUUUGAUGCAGCUGUUGGUGAUCCUCUAGGGGGCUGUUGCGUCACUCCAUACGGAUACUCAGUCAUGUUGAAAAAGUUGAUGGAUUUUGCUCAAGGUAAAGUUGUAUUGGCAUUGGAAGGAGGAUACAAUCUUGAAUCAAUAUCAAAUUCAGUCCUUGCUUGCAUGGAAGUUUUGCUGGAGUACAAGCCCAUCUCUGGAUCCUCAGAGGCCUAUCCAUUUGAAUCUACAUGGCGUGUAAUACGAGUGGUUCGCCACAAAUUAAGUGCUUUCUGGCCAACACUGGCUGAUGACUGGCCAACACUGGCUGAUGAAUUGCCAACAGAGUUAACAAGUAAAAAAGCACCUCUUGCGGAUAUGAUCUCUAGCUCUGAUUCUGAAGAUAAGUAUGAGAAGACUCCAGCUGUGGUGCCAGAAGCAGUUCUUGAGGAUGUUAUAGAACCCCUUUUGAAGCUGAAAGUUGAAGAUGGUCAUGCUGAAGUGGCCACAAAGUCUGCCACUUGGAGAUCAGAGCUCGCAAAGGUUGAUGUUUGGUAUGCCUCUUUUGGGUCUAAUAUGUGGAAACCAAGAUUCCUUUGCUAUAUUCAAGGUGGACAGGUGGAAGGCAUGAAAAAGGCUUGCAGUGGUUCAAUGGAUAGAAACCCACCAAAAGAGACUCUGUGGAAGACUUUUCCUCACCGGUUAUUCUUUGGUCUGGAUUCUACCUGCACAUGGGGUCCUGGAGGGGUUGCUUUCCUUAAUCCCGAAUCUGACAACCAGGAAAAGACUUACCUGUGCCUAUAUAGAAUAACGCUAGAACAGUACAAUGAUGUUUUGCUUCAGGAAAAUUCUCCAACCAAUGAAAAGUAUUCUCCUUUUCUUGAUAUUACUGCUUUGAACUCUAUUGCAGACAAGAAGUCCAUUUGUUUAGAGGCUCUCAAGAAGGGCUGGUAUCAUAACGUUGUUUAUUUGGGAAAGGAGCGUGAUAUCCCUAUACUAACAAUGACAUGCUCGCUUUCGGAUGUUGAAGGCUUCAAAUCCGGGAAGCUUCCUCUGCGUGCUCCAGCUGUAGAAUAUGCCAAUGUCUUAAUAAGAGGGCUGGUAGACGGGGGACAACUAUCAGAAAAAGAAGCCAUGGCUUACAUACAGGAAGCUUCUACCAAACGACUGCGAGUACCAUCUCUGUAUCACUGUUUUAACUUCUGUAAGUAAAACCUUGGUAGUUCAGACCCAAAAAAAAAAAAAAAAAAUGCAUUCCUGAUUAGAGCUGAAAAACUAAAGCAUUGGUGGAGUGGUAGGAAAUUUGAUUUGGAUUGUGUAUUUAUAUAGUGUAGUAAAUCAGGAUGCUGGUAUUUCUGUGUUAUUAGUGAUAUUUUCUAAACUUUUUAAA